GCCAGACGUGACCAGUUCGCACUGGCCGACAAGUCCAGAACGUCCUCGACCUCCACGGAGAAUGACCUCGACCUUGACACCAACUUCAUGGAAGUGAUAGAAUCCAGAGAGCGGGUAUGCUUUGACCUUAAUAACCUCGAACCCAACGAGUCGUCGUCGAAGGUCGACGACCUACUCAGCCAGAAGCGGAUGAAUUACCUUAGGAGCGCUUCCGAUUUGUCAAUCGUCAGGCAGAAACCAGACAGCAGACCCCUGCAGCAACUGCAGACCCGCACCCACAGACCCCUGGAGGCGACCCAUUCCUUGCAAGGUCAGCCACCACAAGUCGCAACUGUGGGUUUCUUAGGUCUAAGCCCUGACUGGAGGAGACACCAGCUGAGGAAGAUGGGUGACACCAUCGACAAUGGACGCGCAUCUGAGAAAACGUCUAAGUUUGAGAAAGACCGUUCGCUCUCCCUGCCCCCAGUGUUGGAAGAAUCAGCCCUCAGCUAUCUCAACUACAACCGCCAGCUGUCCAUGAGGACGUCACGGACGGUGCCGGCAGAAUCCGGCGUCCACUGGUCCGGCAGCAGCACUAGCACCGACAACAGCGAUGACGUCGUUGCGGACGCACGUCAUAAACUCGUUGGCCGGAGCGCCAGUGAUAGGGAAGCCUACGACACGGACGCCGCUAUAGGGACGGUAAUUAGCGAUACAACGUCAGAAGAAUCGUCCCCUGAUGGUGACCGCGUCUCGGAGCUUGAGAAAGAAUUGAUCGCCACCAAGUGUGAGCUGGCCAAGGUACUCAACAGACAGUCGUGCUUCCAGGAGAUCCUCAAGCAGAAGGACGAGAUCAUAGAAGACCUGGACGAGAAGCUCGGCAACAAAUCGGUCAACCAUGACGGCUACGACAGUAAAAAAAGGUUGACGGCGGCAAACAAAGAACAUUUGGAGAGGGUCAGGGUCCUACAGAACCAGAACAGGUUCCUGAAUGAGGAAGUUCGACGUCUGGCUAAGCUCAGGUGUCAGGAGCACGAAAAGAUCAAGGUUCAGGACAGCAAAGUGAAAAAGCUUGAAGCAGAUAUUGAGGUCUGGAAGUUGGAAUACAUUUCAUUAAUCCAGUCCAGUAUUAGAUUCACUGGCACUGACACAAUGGAUGAUGCUGAGUUGUCUCUCUUUGGUGGUGACAGGCACAAAAACAGGAUAAUAUCACUUCUGGAGGAAGCAAGGAAAAUUAACCCAAGCUUACCUACCUUUGAGCAUCUGUCUUCUGGGGAGGUACAUGUUGACACCUAUGGUUUCAAACACCAUUUUUCAGAUGAAGGAUUGCUGCUCCACUACUUGUGCCAGGAGUUGAGCCAGCACUUCCUGUGUCAAGCCAACUCCUACGAGAAACAUCAGAGGAAUUGGAUCCAGUAUCUCAAAAUCAAUUGCAAAAACUUAAUGAUCAAUAAAAAGACCUUGAAGGCGUUGACAAGAGAUGGCAUUCCUGACGUGCACAGGAAAAUUGUGUGGCGGGCGUUUGUCAUGUCACAGGUGGAGGAUGUGGUGCUGGAGAAAGGUGCUCACUACUUCAGGAGCUUAUGUAGCGCUGUACCUGACUCACCUUUGGCCGCACGCUACAGGAAACAGAUCAGCUUAGACCUGAUGAGAACUAUGCCAAGUAAUGUCAAGUUUUCAACACAGGGAUCAAAGGGGAUUAUGGAUCUGCAAGAUGUGUUACUUGCAUUCUGUAUCCACAAUCCACAAGUCGGAUACUGUCAGGGAAUGAACUUCCUUGUGGCUAUGGCUCUUCUCUUUAUGGAUCCUCAAGAUGCUUUUUGGACUCUGGUAGCUGUCACAGAGAGGUACCACUCCCCUUCCUACUUUGACCACAACUUGCUCGGGGCCCAGGCUGACCAGAUGGUGUUGCGUGAUCUCAUGUCGGAGAAAAUGCCAGAGCUGGCCAAACACCUGGACGCCAUUGAUAUUGAGAUCUCCACUGUCACACUCAACUGGUUCCUAGCCUUGUUUUUUGAUGCUGUACCAUUUCAGACUUUACUCCGCAUAUGGGACUGUUUCUUGCUGGAAGGGCCUAAAGUUUUGUUCCGAUUCUCUCUUGCAAUCCUGCACAUCCACAGCAAGGAGAUCAUCCUUAAGUGUGAUACAAUCAGUGUCAUGAGGCACCUCAAGGCUUGUGCCAGGAUCACAUAUGAUGUUGAUGGAUUAGUUAGAGCUGCCUUUAAAACACUGAAACCAUUUCCAAGACGUCAGGAUAUUGUGAGCAAGCAGACGUGUUACCUGAACGCCCUAAAGGAGAAGUACAGGUGGCGGGACAUGCAGAGAGCUGCAUUUGCUGAGAGGGAGAAUGUAUUCUUGAGAAUGGAGUGUGAUGCAGAGAAGUAUACAGGUUUUGAGUGUUGCACAGUCACAAAACCAGGUGAGGCCUGGGUUGCUUAUGGUGAGCCACCCAUUUCAAAGAUCUGUAUUGUGGACUGUAAGGAGCAGACCAUGAUAGACACUAACAUAACUUUUGAGACGCGUGUCAUGUCUAUGGUGUAUGUGAACCAUGACAUGGUCUUAAUUGGGACUCUGUCUUGGUUUGUGUAUGCUUACAGUGAGAUCACCAAAGAGAUGAUGUGGCAGCAAAGGGUCCAUGAUGCUGUGCUCUCUAUGCAGGCUUAUCAGGAUGAUGAGGGGGAUAACUCUUAUCGACUUUUUGCUGGACUGGCAGAUGGCACUGUUGCUGUUUUUGAGCAAGCCAUUAGUCCAUCCUGCACAAGCUAUGAUUUAUUCUACCUUCCCAUUGGCCAGUCCCCAGUCACAUGUCUGCAGGUGAUUGGCAACCUGCUGUGGUGUGCUUGUGGCAACAAUGUCUCUGUCAUUCAUGCAAGCACACUAGACCCAAAGGACAGGUUCACAGUGUCCGCCAACCCUUACGACACCAUCUUGUCUCUGGUGCCAGGACUCCCUGGGGUGUGGAUCUCUGUCAGAGGGUCAUCAGUCCUGGAGCUCUGGGACCAGGAGAGCUUGACCUGCAGGAUGCUCUAUGACACACGCACCGGGCAGUUCCCUAAUCUCAGAAAGGAAGAUGAUACUUAUUUUAAUGCAGCAAGAAUUACUUCCAUACUUUCAUUGGACUACAGUGUUUGGAUAGGGACAGGGGAGGGCAUACUCAUCACUUUUGAUGUGUUCCCCAACAGCCAGAAAACACCAUCAGAGUCGUCUCCCUUCAUAACUGAUGCCCUGUUAAAUGAUGAUGUGGAGAUGCAUUCGUGGCGGUCGUCUCCCCACAAGAGUGAUACAGACAGCUUGUCACGUCUGAUUGAAGUGAAGAAAAGAGUGAAGGAGCUGUACUGUGAGAGGAUAGUGUCUGAAAAACUACCUCAGCAGGUUGAAGAUAACUCUAGUUUAAAUGAGAGUAGCAGCCCUUGUUUUGAACAAGAAAAAAGUAUUGAAAAGAAAAAGAGUGAAACUAAUAAAGGUUCUUUAGAGAAAUGUGAACACUCUGAGAAUUUAGAGUCGAGGGAAGAAAGGAGUAUUUUAGUGGAUGAUGGGAAGGAAGAAGUAUUGAGUAAGAUAGAUCUUAUGAAGACUUUAUCGACUGAGUCUGCGAAGACAGAUCUGUCGUUAGCAACAACAACUUCAGGCAUUAGUUCUAACUUGAGCCACCAGACUGACGCCAGUGAGGCCGCUUCCAUGCAGGACUCAGGGUUUGUCCAGUUGAGUGGUCAAGUUUCAGGGUCGUCCAGUCAUGGAGAAAUUAUGACGGAAGUUCAUGUGGGUAUUCCUGAGGAAAGUGACGAUAUUAUGUCUGCUGGUUUGGUAGACAACCACAGGACUCACACUGAUUCUUCGGCUUCACUUCCACAAAUAAAAUGUGUUCAUGAUGGUGUUGUUAGGGUGACAAGAAAAUCUGAAGACAGUGGUGUCUCAUCCUUGUGUGAGAAAAACAUAGAAGACUCUAAUUUAAAGACAGAUAACUCUUGUGAUAAAAAUGUGUCUGAGUCUGUUGUUAACAAAGCAGUUAUUGAUCCAUGUACAGACUUAAUUUAUCUCAUGAAUUUAAAAAACAUGCAGCCUGUCACAGACAGUACCUUAAAAGAAGGAUUUAUUACAUCUACUUCAAGACUGCAGGAAAAUGUAUGUGAAAUUGAUAAAUCUGGCAUAAAACUGAGUGAUGCCAUGCUGGAACUUAAAGAACGUAAUGGUAACGUUCCAUCUCUUAAUUUAAACGGACGAAGCGUGUCUGAGGAAUCCACCAAGACAAAUGAAUCCGAUGAUGUUUUCAUUGAGAAAAUGGCGCCUCUUGUUUAUCCCAGUGAAAGUUUAAACAUGUUUCAUAACAACAAUGUCCAUUGCCUACCUGUUGGAGAUUUGAAAAGUCUACCUGAGGGUAACCUUUCACUUGUGUCAUCUGAUGUCGACAGCUCCGAGUCCACUUCCAACAAAACCUUGACUCAGGGCAGUCAGUCUAAUCUAGAAGACAGCCUCUCUAACGGUUUCCAUGACGACACACACAACACGCCAUACUUUAACACUAGUCGUGGUAAAACUGAUGCCUUAAGUUUAAAGUCACAUCAUACAAAUGUUAAAGCUUUGGCUCAGAAAUUUGAAACAGAAGGAAAGAUCACAGAUACUGGAAUUCUGAGGCGAACACAAAGCCUUAAAAAGAAUUUUAAGGUUGAUCCUAAGCUGUCUGUUGUUAAGCCGUUUAAGGGUUUAAAUGAAGAAAUUACUAUGAAUGGUGAUGAGUGGCUGAAAAAGGAGGCUUUGAUUGAUCAAGAGGUUGAGAUCGAUUCUUCAGCAAAUUCACAAACCUUAGAUGAAUUUUCUUCACUUCGUGGUGUGACAGUUGAUGGCGUUUCCAGCGCAGGUGGUGAUGAUGUUUCAUUACCAUCCGGUGGUGCCCAGAGCUCCACACCCCUAACCAAUUCAAACACAACAAAUUCAAUGCAGGCAGGUCAUACUCCCAUAAACUCCUCAAAAAUAGUGCAGCAAGCUAAACCUACAGAAGCUCCAACUCAACCUGGUUCUGACCAACAGAGGCUUCAAGUAAAAAACAUUGACACCAAGUUCUACGGAGAUUCAGAUGAAGAUACAAGUGUCCACGAGGCUCGUGUCCAGUCUUUUAAAGACAGCUACAAGCGCUCAGCUGCUGGGUCAAAGUUCAAGUUACUGAACGAUGUUAUUCCGGAACAUCCUAACAGUUCAAUUAAAAAGUCAGGCAGUUCUUCUUCUCUGUCUAAAGCUUUGGUAACAACUAAUGUUGUCAAGGACUUUUCUGGGGCAAAAAAUAGUAUAACUACUAUAGACAACAGUGCCAGGUUGUUGUUGGAGAGUAAACAAAACCUGGCGACAAAAAUACCACUGUCAGUGAUUGGUCGUCAAAAUUCAGACGCAAGCUUGAUAUUAGGAAAUAUGCAGUCUAAAGACCCAGACGCGCAGUGGCGAUUGGAUUACACCAACAUACACGUGGACACUGACUUGGAGAGUCUUGGGAUGUCGUCUGCGUCGUGUAAUGGUCAGGGUGGGGACGGGGACUCCCAGCCCCCGAGCAGACGGCUAAGUUGUGUGAGUACUGGGUCAGACAUGAAGGACCAGAGGCUGAACCAGUUUCUCAGAGACACAGCCAGCAGCUACAGUUCCCAGUUUGGGCCGUCCUCAGAGGAAGAUAAGCAGAUGACAGCUUUCCUGGCCACCCCCAACAUGAGUGGUUGUAACUCUGCCACCUGGUCCUCCUACGAUGAAAUCUCAACCCCUCCCCACACGGACAGCGACAGUGUCAGGUGUCCCUUUCCUCGCUACAGUGCAUACGACAUUGAAAGUCGAGCCACCAGCAUCACCAGUGCCAUGGACCUCUGUGGUGGAACAGAGCUUUCCCUCAUGAGCAAGAACAAAAUCUCUGACAAACCAGUCAAGUGGCUGGUCUCAACUAUGAGCCAAGGGUGUCCUGUGGUCCUCAGUUUUUCUGGAUCCCAUUCAGAUGAUGAGGCUGUUCUGAUUUGGUCAAGGGAAGUAAAUGAGACCCUGUGGACCAACGCCCCAGUUCUAGAAUACAACCCCGCCACCCGCACGGCCACACUGCCCAGGUACAUGAGAACACAGCAGCUGUCUAAUGCUUCCUCUGCCCUCAGCACACCACGACAGAGAAAUAAAAGCCAAAACAGUAACUGAAUAUUUGUUGUUAGGUGCUGACACAAACCUUUAAAAAAACUACAUUUACCACUGGGGUCAAUGAAAGAAUCUCAAGUCUUCAUUCAACUGAAUUUUUUUUUUUUAGUUUAAACAUUUUUUUAAUUACAAUUUAAAUUAAAAAAUUAAUUUUUUAUCAUUAAAAGCACACUAAAAUAGUAAAUUAAAAAUGUGGACAAUGCAAAAUGUCAUCUGAUGUAUCUACACUAAUACUAAGUUUUAUUGUGUUUAGCUAGUAAUGUAUUGAGGAGGGUAGGAUAAAUGGGAUUAUGUUUUGUCUGCAUGAAUGUUUUGGUUCUAAGAGUAACAGAUCACUGCAUAAUUUAAUGGCAUUUCUCAUUGAAGGUAGAAGAGUCUGUAAUCACUGUUGAUAGGUUCUUCCAUAUUUUCAUUUUUUUUAAAUUUAAUUAAAUGCUUUAUGAACACCACUUUUAAUAAUAAAAAAACCAAGCAAUGAAGAAUUAUACUUUUCUUUUCAAAAUUAAAUUCUUUGUUUUUCAUAGUAUAUUAUGUAGCAAUUUUAAAUCAUUUUUUACACAGAUAAAAAAACUUGUAGGUUCUAAUAUGCUUAUACAAAUGAAAUCUGAAUUGUCGAAUUGUCUAAACAAGGUAAUUCAACCAAUUCAAUUGUUUUUUAAGAUAGGCUAUUUUACUUGUAUUAUAAAGUAAAAAAAGGCUCAGUUAGUGAUAUAAUUACUAUAUUGGUUAUUCAAUUAACUUUUCAGAUAGGACUUUUAUCUUGAUUAGACCAAUUUGUUUUUGUAUAAUGUAACCAGAUGUAAACCCUUUAAAAAUGAGAUAAUCAUUUCUCUGAUAUUAGUGUAAAUGAAUUAACAUUCUGUUAGAUGAUUUAACGACAUAAACAAACCACCCUUUACAUGUCACUACAUAUUAUAUAAGACUGUCCCAAAAAAUUGUUCAGAAAUUUAGAUUUUGUAAAACUUACAAUGGGAUAACAAAUGUGGCAGUGGAAAUAAGUUUUGAGAUAAAUUACUUAACCUGUUAUUUCUAUUCAAUAGACAAUCAUUAUUUUAUACACAUAUUUUCAUGUAUGUUUUGUAAAUAGAAUAUCAAGCAUUUUCUACAUAAACUGCAUUUAGCAGUGUUAUGCAAAUUGUGAUGUCUAAUUCAUUUAACUUGUAUAGCUGAUGAAAGUUGGUGCAGUAUCAUUCAGGUUUGUUUAUUAACAUGAGCUGUAUAAUAAAACUAGCUGUUACUCUGUGGGAUAUCUGUAAUUGGGAGUAGAUUAGUCUCAUUAUUUCUGAAGCCCUCUUUACUUUAGCUGUCUAUUUGUGAUACAUUUUUCUAAAAUGUUAUUAUAUCGUAUGUUUGUUUUAAAAAUGUAUACACUCUCCAUUUAAUAAAAUGAUUUGCUUUAUUGUUUAUUUCUCAUUAUGAAUUCAAAUGUUUUAGAUCCAUGGUUACCUCACUCUAAAACAGAAUGAAUUUUAUGUGUAUACUCUAUUUUCCUAUUUAAAAAAUCAUGAUUUUUAUUUUAUAAUUGUAAAAACUAUGUUCAUGUUAGAUUUUUAUAUUUUGAUACCACAAGUGCCUAUAAAUUGUGGCUAGUGAUUUGAUGUUAACUCUGUAGAUGAACACCAGUAGAAUUUUUUUUUUUAUUAUUCUUGGGAUUGUCAAAUAUUUGGGUUGAGUAAUGUGUAAUAUUACAUCAAAAUGUUUAUUUACACUUAGUUAAAUAAAAUUUUAAAUCUAGA